UCUCAAUUAUUGUAUAUCCCUGCAUUGACACCUUUCUACUGGCAUAACUCAACUCGCAUCAUAAGAAGGAAAUAACAUGCCACCUAAAAAAGGAUCAUCAACUACUACCAAGUCUUCUGGGAAGACAAAGAAGGCUGCUGGUCUUUCCCAACCUACCCUCGGCUUUCAAUCCCAACGGAAACAUUCCGGGACAAUCAGCAAGUCCAAACCCUCAUUACAGCGCCAGACAUCGACCAUCUCGGAAAUAAAUGUGGAGCCGGAGGGACGAAGUGAUAGCGACAUUGAACUGCUCGCGGGUUCCGACAUGAAGGAUAAAACAACACGUAUGGGGGGGAAUAAAUCUACUGAAAGUAGUGCGCUACCAGAACAAAGGACGGAAGAUGAGGAACCCAAGCAACUAAAAGUGAAAAGUAAAGAAUGGGCCCAAGUUCUGAAGGCUGCCAAAGAAGCUAUGGGGAACCUUGAGCCCAUCCACGCACAUGCCGAUACACACAAUGAUAUACACCAUAUCCUUCGUGUCUUUGACAUGACCGCGAAAUAUGGCCCUUGCGUAGGUAUCAGUCGGCUGGAUAGAUGGAAACGAGCGCAGAAACUGGGUCUUGAACCUCCUGAUGAAAUAAGGACGAUAUUAACAACCCAGCAAGGGCGAGAGGACCCAUCAUAUCGAGAGAAUGUGUUGAAUGCGUGGUUGUAGAUCAUAUCAUGAUUGUCGUCGAUAGUCAUAUCGGCGAUGGGCGCGUGCAGGUACGGCCGUGCGGAGAACGCGGAGAAUUUAACUGGGGAAUUUAAUUUUCGCACCUGGAAUCUCGUCUCCUGGGUUUUGGGCCUGGGGCUUGCGUGAGGCGAAAACGAACCGAAAGUCAUAAUGAUAUCUCGUGUAUACAGUAGUAAAUUGGGUUGUAUGCACUGUACAAAU